AUAUUAUUGCCUUUCAGGUAGUUUAGUACGAUGUUUUGAAUGCUCACCUGGAAAUGUUCCUCCUCCUUCAUAUUUUCCAUUUUUAAAGAAUCUGUAAUUACCCAUUUCUAUUUACAAAGUUUGUGCAGAAAUUUUAAUUUCUUUUUUAAUUUUUUUUUUAUGUGCCCAAUCCGAAUUGAGAAUUGAAAAUUGGAAUUCCAUUUCCAUGGCUAUUUGCGCGUUAUACGGCUGUUUUUUUUUUUUUUUUUAUGACUUUCCUUCAAUAAACUCUAAUUGGAGGAAAUCUCACUUUAAUUAAAUCCAUAAAGUAAAAAAGAAAAAAACAGUAUAUAUUUGUUGAGCGAUGCUUAGCAACACCCUUUAGUUUUAUUUUAUUGUUUUUGGUUGAUGAUCUUCCUAGUCAGACUCAUGCGGCAGAGAGACUGAGAGGGCAAGAAAGAGAGAGAGAGUUGCUUAAAUUCGAAGAAAAUGCAAAAAAUGGAAUGUUUGACUUUGGUCGUCGGAGUGCCAAACCCAACGAUGAUACAGAUUUUGGCUGUGCUGAGACUGUUACUGCCACUACCAGUCUGUAUGUGAGAUGGGUCUCUCGCUAAGUAGAAGAAUAAGAAGAAGGAGGAGAAAUCAAGAAAACGACCAAGACCAUCACCACCACCAUAACCAACAACAACAACAACAACGACAACCCCAAUCUCUUCCUUUCCGUUCACAGUUUUCUUCUUUACAUCCUCCUUCAUCUUCAUCUUCAUCUUCAUCUUCUUCUUCUUCUUCUCCUCCUCCUCCUCCUCCUCCUCCUCCUCUUUAUCCUCUUCCUCUGCCUCCUCCUACUCCUACUCCUACUCCUCCUCCUCCUCCGCCUCUUCCAUAUCGUUUUACUGCUACUACUUCACGUUUUGUUAUACUCGCUCCUCCUCCACCACCAGGUUCAACUCUGCCACCUCGAAGUCCUAUUCAUCUUCCUCGUUCCCCUCCUUCUCCUUCUAGUCCUCUGCCGCCGUCGCCGCUGCCACCACCACCACCACCUCCUCCUCCUCCUCCUCUGGCUUCGAAUUUAGUCUCUCUUCCUCCUCCUCCUCCUCCUCCUUUUCCUAUGGUUGAUUUCUUAGAGACGCUUCCCCAUCCUUCAUCGUCUUCUUGGGAUUUCGAUUUAUGGGACUUACGAACUACUACUCCUUGUUCUUCUUCUUCUUCUUCGUCUUCACCACAGCCAAGUUAUUUCUACGCUGUCAAUUCGAUUCCAGUUAGUUCGGUUGCCUCUGAUUCCCGCAAUUACUCACAACCCAUGUUGCUUCUUGCCAAUCCACGUAAUGGGUUUGAUGGGGAUCAUUCUGUGAUGGUGUCCACCUCUCAUCCACAACCUCCAUGUGUGAGUGCCAAGAAGAUUAACAAUUAUGUUGUUUUGCAUAAGGAUACCAUCAAGCUUGUUAUGGAUGCUAAAGAUUUUGGCAAUUAUUUGGUGUCUUUCACUUUUGAUGCUAUUGUUGAUGGCAGUAUCACCAUAUUUUUCUUUGCUAAGGAAGAGGGAAACUGCACAUUCACUCCAUUAUACCCUGAAUGUUGUGUGCCAAGGAAAAUCCCCUUUCAAAAAGGUCUAAGUCAGAAAUUUUUUCAGCCUUCUGGAACUGGCAUUGACCUAGGUUUCUUUGAUAUCGAUGAACUAUCAAGUUUCCAAGAAGGCAUUGUCCCACUUGUUAUCCAUGUUGAAACAUGCUUGCUGUCUCUCUCAGCUGAUGCACAAUCCAUUCAACCUUUGCAGACUAUGUCUGCUGCCGCGCAGGUUACUCAAGCUAUAUUGGAGAAGAAUAAUGAGGGCCAGUUUCGAGUUAGGGUGGUUGAGCAGAUCGUCUGGGUUGAUGGGGUUAGCUAUGAGCUACUUGAACUUUAUGGAAUUGGCCCCUUAGGUGAAGCAGGUGCUGAUGACAAUGAACCAGGGAAAGAGUGUGUCAUAUGUAUGGCUAAGCCAAAGGACACAACUAUUUUGCCUUGUCGACAUAUGUGCAUGUGCAGUGACUGUGCAGAAACAUUGAGGACCCGUUCGGAUAGGUGUCCCAUAUGCCGCCAAUUCAUUGAACAACUCGUAGUGAUGAAGGCUGAUAAAGUAUUGUCCUAGUGCAUGGAUAUAUAUUGUUCAUACAGUUUUGAAGCAGAAAUGCAACUCCCUGAGCAGCUACAAUUUAUUGUGGGAGAAAUAUCUUAUCAGCAAUUGGAGACAGUUUUUAUCGUAUUACAUGUAGAAAGGUUUAUUUAUACAGUUUUUUGUCUUUAAAGAAAAUCUGAUACAGUUUUUCAUAGCAUCUGUGCAAAGUUGUGUUUCCUCCUAUAGGCAUAGAGUAUAUAGUUUAAACAUGAAUAAUUGAAUUUCUCAUCAUCGAUGUUUUAGAAGGAAUCUUGAACC